AACAACAACCAUGAAUGAACCUAUACUUCUACGACAGCAAAAUUCGCUCCACCGGAGCCCGCCACUGCAAAGAGCUUCUUCCACUGUGCGGGAAUGGCUUCUGCGUACAGAGAUCGGACGGCGGAGUUCCGAUCACUCACCGAAACGCUGAAGAAGAUCAGUGGGUUCAAGCCCGAUCGAGGUCAAUCUCAGGAAACUGAUCCUUUCCUGCCAUCAAGGCAGCAAGCUUCGUCGCUCUCUUACAGAUCCGAAUUCAACAAGAAGGCUUCCCUGAUCGGGCUGGGAGUUCAUGAGACCUCCGAGAAGAUCGCUAGACUUGCCAAAUUGGCAAAGAGGUCGUCUAUGUUUGAUGACCCUACAGUUGAGAUUCAAGAACUGACUGUCCUUAUAAAGAAUGACAUAACGGCUUUGAACUCGGCUCUUACUGAUCUUCAGACCCUUCAGAGAAUGGAAAUAGCUGACGGGAACUACUCCGAGGACAGGGUUGUUCAUUCCACGGCUGUAUGUGAUGACCUGAAGAAUAAGCUCAUGGGGGCUACAAAGGAGCUUCAUAAUGUGUUAACCACUAGAACUGAGAACAUCAAAGCUCAUGAGAACAGGAAGCAGAUAUUUUCUGCAAAUGCUUCUAGAGAAAAUCCUUUUGUUCGUCAGACAAAACCCUUGGUUGAACCACCUCCCUGGUCAAGUUCAACAAACGAGUUUGACCCUUCGCAGCCAUCCCCAUUGCCACCGAAUGGUGUUCAAGUUGGCAACCAAUUGAGACGGAGGCCAGCAGUUGAUAAUGCUCCUUCCCAACAGAUGGAAAUGUCCAUGUUGCAACAAGUAGCCCCUAGUAGGCAGGAUAAUUUAGCUCAAGGUCGUGCAUCUGCUCUCCACAAUGUGGAAUCAACCAUCUCAGAACUUAGUGGGAUCUUUACGCAUUUGGCUACCAUGGUUGCCCAUCAAGGAGAGCUGGCCAUUAGAAUUGAUGACAACAUGGAUGAAUCUCUGUCCAAUGUUGAAGGUGCUCACAGUGCUCUACUGCGUAAUCUUAACCAAAUAUCAUCCAAUAGGUGGCUUCUAAUCAAGAUCUUUGCCAUCAUAAUUUUUUUCCUGGUGGUUUUCAUCUUCUUUGUGGCCUGAAAUGACAGAAAUGCGUUUAUAUUUGUGUUGUACCUUUCAAACCAUCAUUUAGAUGCUGAGCUUGAGGAUCCUCUGUGUUGUAUAUUUGAUUGUUACCUUCUUUCUUUUUUGUUUUUUUAGAUCCCCCUCUAGCAUUUAGAGGCUGGAUUAGCACAAGCAUAUACGUAGAUCAGGCAUUGUGUAUCAGUUCACUUUACCAAUAACCUUGAUUUGUUUUGGAAGAUUCGUGUGAAAUUGGAAUCGUUAAUUUGCAGAACCCUUUGGCACAAACUUUCCUGUAUCAACCU